AUGGGCGAUUCGUUCACCGGCAGUGGUGUUGGUGGUGGGAUAGCGGCGGCCGGUUGGAGCAACCUGACCCCAUCGCCGUCCUCCUCAUCGUUAUCGCUGGUCAGCAGCAGCAGUAACAGCAGCGGAGGCGUCGGAACUCAUUCCAGCAGUGGGGGCGCAAGAAAAGGAUCCUCCUCGUCAACGGGCGCGCCGUCCGCGUCGUCAUCGUCUUCUGCGGCGGCGGCAGCCGCAGCAGCAGCCGCCGCUGCCGCCCUGGCGAUGGCGGGCAUCUCGCCCUCUGCCACCGCGUCCUCGGUAGUGUCAACUUCCGGUGCGGCGGCAGCGGCCCUGUUUUCCGGUGGCGGUGCAUUCAGCUCACCUUCGCUGAGCGGUUCGGCCGGCUCGUCCAGUAGUGGGGGCAGUUUUUAUGACAAGAAAACCAUGUCAUCGUGCCGCUAUCAGCAGGAAAAGGGCGGUGCUGCUGCCACAGCGCAGAUAAGCUCUUCCGCGCUUGCCGACUACUACGCCGCGGGCGCUGAAGCGGGCAGUGGAUCGGCAGCGGCAGCGGUUGCAGCCGCUGCUGCCGCCGCCAGCCGUAUGCUUGGCCACGGAUCAUCCAUAGUACCCCCCUCCGUUUACUCAUCAUUCCAAGAGUCGGCACUAGCGGCGGCGGCGGCUGCCGCAGCCGCCCAGCAUCAUCAUACGGCUGCUGCCGCCCAUCACCACCAUCACCAUCACCAACAUGCUGCAGCAACACACCAGCAGCAAACUCAGCAGCAGCAACAGCAGCAGGUAGCCGUAAACAACAGCUUAUUUUCACCCCACUUUGCCGCUGGGUCACCUUACCAUCCGCCAAUGCAGGGUGGUGGUGGAGGUGGAACAAGCGCUGGUAGUCUUGGUGGUGGAGGAAGCAUUGCUGGUGGGAACAGUAUUAGUGCGUACGAUACUACCAGCACCGCGGCACGGUCCUGUGCGUUACCUUCGCCCACCAUCUACCCACCGACGCCGCCCCCUUCCGCCCCGUGGAUACAUCCCUGGUACGGCGGGGAUACGUUUUAGUCAACGCUCUAGUUCCUUGUCUUUGCAGACGCCGUUCGUCGUCUGUGUGCACUGUUGUGUUGCGUUCGUUUUGGGUUUGCUUGGGUACAAGUACAGCUGCUUUUUUUUCUGUUAGGUCCAAACAACAUUACAGAAUUACAGUGUUUCGAAUAUGCAAAGGAGAAUGAACAACCCCCGCACUCUCCCAUUUGCUGCUGCCACAAAGUUGAUUUUGUACUCAACACACACACACACACACAUACACGAAGCCUCUUUCCGUUGCGAAGAUCAAAAGAUGUACUAAAAGUAGAUUUUGUUGCAAUGUUUCUUUCACGUUUUUUCUUUUGUUGAUUUUCUUUAUCGCUUUUCUAUUGAAAGGAAAAGUAUGAACACAUAUAGAACGAAUCUCUUCUUUUUUUUACUAUGUAUAUGGGUAAAGAAACUGAAACAAAGCAGAAUACACAGACACAGAGACACUCUUUGAUUAGUAGUGUUAAGUGAGGAAUUUAAGCAGUAAGUAGUAAGCAGCAGCGGGCAGGCGGACAGUACUAGGAGUAGUGGCAAAAGCAGCAUAUGAAACAAAAGUUACUAUCGCUCUUAUGCGAAUCCACUUUAUAUAGAAAUAACUUAUUCAUAAUUAGGUCUUUCUCUCUCUCUCUCGAGGGAGAUGGGUACAAGAGCACACUAACGUUCGCAUCUUUUAUCUUGUGCUUGUGAAGUAAUAAACGAAAGGUGUGUCACGGAACGGAAACGAGGAGUCGUGGGAUGUAGAAAUACACUUCAUUUAAACACACACACAAACACAUGAACGCGAAUUAGCAUAAAAUAAAUACCAACACGCCAACAAAGAACGGCGCGCGCACGCGAUCGAACAUGUGUAAGCGAAGAGUGCUAGAAUCAGUUCUUAGGUAAUCAUUAAGUGUUUUAAAAAUCACAUCAACCUUUUGUGUAAGGCAUACGAGAACCUUUUAAAACAAAUCUCGCCAAAACCAACACUUACGCUAACCGAACAAACGAAUAUACGCAAACAAAACGCAUGCAUUCAUAAGAUAAUUUAGCAUUAGCAUGACUGAGAGGGAAGAGUUCAGGGCACACUGCACUAGUAGAGAAUUGGAAUUUGAAGAUUGGUUUGCAAAAUUAGAAGAAGAAGCAAAAAAAAAACCAUUAGACUGAUUGAGCGGAUUAUGACAAGGCGCAAGCAAACGAGAUUCCAACCCGGGGAAAGCAUCCAACGAGGAGACCGGUUGAGGGGAUGUUCUAUGACUUCCACCCCAUUAAAAAAAACGUCCUCGUUCCGCUAAAUGUGUCUAAGCAAUACGAAUAUGGGGGCGAUUAGCUCCAUUCGUACUGUGUUAACCACCGACUGUAAGCAGUGCGUGAGCUGCUUGCAACACUAACACACACACACACAACACAUACAGAGCAGUAUUUGUGUAUUUAAAAAAAAAAACAAACAAAAUGCUGCUUAAAACACACCCGCAGGGGGAAGGCCUGCAGGGCUGCAUAAAGUGUUGUUGCUAUGUUCAUUAAAUUACAGCAGAAACUUAUUUAUUUUCCCAAAAAGCAAAGCGAAAACAAAAGCCCGUUACUUGAAUUGGGUGUUAAUAUACACUACCACUGUACAUGAUGAGCAAACCUAGAGUCUAACCCUGUAUCGUUUAAGAAUUGAAGCGAGAAUUCGAACAAAACUGCUAGUUGAACUUAUUUUAUGUAUAAAAAAUGAUUAUUUUGUUAGUUUCUUAUUAUUAUUAAUGUUAUUAUUAUUAUUAUUAAUGCGUUUCAAUUGCGGCGCUAUACUAUGCAUAGCGCGGCAUACACACACAAACACUUUAAUGGUGGCAUUAUUAUUAGUUAUUGUUUUGUUUUGUUUUGUUUUUCUAUAUCUCUCUCUCUCACGAUAUGAAAUACCACUCCAUCAUUAAGCAGAAUAAUAGCAUAUUUAGGAGAUAAGCGAUAAGAAUUUAGAAUGAAAAACAAAGCAAUGCCGCAAAGGACGUACAGUACGUAUCAGCAAACAGAACAACUAGGAAGGUGGUCGGAGUCAGUCGGCACAAAAAAGAAAACGAUGGGCCGACGACGACUGAAUAGUUAGACACUGAACGAAGGGCUGGUGGUUAGCACGAGAGAGGGCAGUUUUUGAGAGCUAUUAACUUAAACCUGAACAGCAAAACAAUAAAAGUAAAACCACGCUUGAACAUGUGAACAAGUAAACAGAUGGAAAGAGAGGGGGACGCAACACCUAAUUGCGCAAACGCGAGUGUCCCUUUCGCAAAUUAA